AAUGAUUUUAAUUACUACUACUAUUUUAUUAUCUUUGUGUUGUGUUUUAAUAUGGUUGUUAUAUAUUCCUGCCUAUAAUAAAUAAAUGACUAAUAAACUGAAGUUGACUCAAUACUGUAUAAAAUAGAAGUUUUUAAUAGGCAGCAGCUACUACAUACUAGAUGUAGGUUGCCUGCUUGGGUGGGGGCUAAAAGUCACAGCUUGGCCAUCAGAAGCUAGCCAGCGAACGAGGUGAAAAUCUGAGUUUUUGCAGCUUGUUGUUCUAAGGCUGUCUAUUUUUGGGAUGACGACAACAACAACUGAUGUUCCUUUAACAAAAUUCAUUGUGUGAAUUAGUUAAUGAUUGCUUGUUUGAUUUUGUAUGCUCAGUUUUGAAGCCUAGAAAAAAACAGAUAUGUUUUUGUUUUUUUAAAAAGAAAGAAAAAUAAAAAGUGCUGUCUUCUUCCAAGGUAAUUGACUCUCUGGCAUCUGUUAUACUACUUCUGGAAAGUGGGGAGUGCAAAACAUGCUUAUGAAACCAGUGGGACUUGAAAAAAACAAUGCAUGCAUAGAAUUAGGCUGUGUUUUUUGUUUGUUUUUAAUAUUAUCCUCCUGGUGAUAUAAGUAUUGAACACCUGAGUCCUCCUUGGGUAAAGAACCUGAGUUCAGGAAUGCAAACACUAGCCAUGUAUUUAUAGAGCACGUGGAGUGGGCUGAACUCAAGUCCUUCUCGUAUAGAGUCCAUAGAAACAACCUUGGGAGUCUGUGAUCUCUAUUACAAGCUGAAAGCAAGUAGACAGUGUCAAAAUGACUUCCCUGCUGCAAGAGAAACUCUACGAAGCUCACACUCAGGCACCUCCUCCCAGCAAAGACUUCCAUCACUUGACCAUCACAAAAAAUGAGGUAAAAAAAUAGAUAGAUUUAUUGCUCUCCCUGGUUGGAAUGUGUUUCACUGAAGAAAGUCCAAGAGAGGUGAGAAAUCUGCAUUUGUUGGAUAGCUGAUAAAGGCACAGGAUCUCUGCCAGGAAGGAAAAGGUGGGCAACCCCAAGCAUGGUUGUUCAGGCAGAACCUAGGGAAAAGCAAGGGAAAAGCAAACAAAUGCUAGGGAAAAGCAAACAAAUGGUGGUAAUCCUAUCAUUGUUUGUUUUUCUUUUUUUAAGAAAUGCAAUUAAUUUAUGCACAGAUCUAGGUCAUUACAAAGUCCUGCAUUUUCUGCUUUAUAUCUGGACUGACUAGGCUUUUGACAAAAUAAAACAGGACAUAAUAAUGCCCAACCUGACUCAUUAUUUUAAACCUGAAUGUUUUAGGUUAUCUGGCAGUCCUGGAGGAUUACAUUUCGACCAGAUCGAGAAAGGAUUUGCCCAAGAGAAGUGAAGAAACCCCAUAAAGAUUUUCUCUUGGAUGAACCAUUACACAGCAAGUAUUGAGUGGGCAAAGAAAUAACAGAAUUUUGAUUACCCACCCCUCUGAAAAAAAAGUUGUUGUACUGUGUCUCAUGGUCAUAUUCCCGCUUUUACAACCUAACCAUAUGCAUGUUGACUCUGAAAUAAACCCCAGUGAAUUCAAUGGGACUGUCUUAUAACAGACUGAUCCUAUGUAUGUUUACUUGGAAGUACAUUGCAUUGUUGAAGAGGAUUUACUCUCAAGAAAGGGUGCAUAGGAUCACACAACCUUGGGAUGAAUAUUUGGGCUGCAGUCCUGGCAUACUUCCAUGGCAUGAAGUGCCAUGAAACUCAGUUUGGUAUUACAUCUGAAUAAACUUGCUCAGGAUUGGAUUUCAGGUCUUAAAUUUCUUUUGACUUUUCUUAUUAAUAAACUUUGGCCGUGCAGGUGGAACAUUCGUAAAAGUGAAACACUGAAUUCCAUUCCACUUACUGGGAGUAAGACCCAUUGAAUUCAAUAGGACUUAUUUCUGGGUAGACACAGUUAGGAUUGCAGCCUUGGUUGUUUGUGAAUAGUCAGAGUUACCUAAAUGCUCAAAGUGCACUAGAAACAUAAAGGACGCCUGGAUGGUUAAAUCCAGUUAAACUUGACUAUAGGGUGCGGCGCUCAUCUUGCUUCAGACCGAGGGAGUCGGUUUUUGUCCACAGACAGCUUUCUGGGUUAUGUGGCUCUCAUGACUAAACCACUUCUGGUGCAACAGGACACCGUGACAGAAGUCAGAGUGCAUGGAAAUGCCGUUUACCUUCCUACUGCAGUGGUACCAAUUUAUCUACUUGCACUGGUAUGCUUUCGAAUUGCUAGGUUGGCAGUUUGAAACAUAAAAUGAGAUCACAGGAGCGUAAUUGAAAACCUCAGAUAAUUCCUGAGUAGUCCAUUUCAUUGUUUUUAUUUUUGUAUUUAUAUUUCAGAUUUUCAAUGGUUUUGUUUGUUUAUCUGCCUUUACAUUCCUUCUGGGGAUAGAGAAUUGAAACUACAAAUUAUGGGUUAAGAAGUCAGUCUGAAUUUCAGAUCAAUAUUGGAAGGCUAAUGUAAAUAAACUGGAUGGUAAACAAUUGAGAAUGACUGCAUUGGGCUCUCAAAGUAAAAUUACUUAUUAAAAUGCAGGGGGAGACAAAUACACAGUGGUUAAACAUACUAAGUUGCAGCAUUAAAAUACUUUUAAACAAGUGAAAAAGGAAGCUAGUACUAAAUGUCAAACUUACAUGAAUACUAAAAAAGGGUUCUUUUUUUCUCCAAGUGUGCGCUAUUGAUGGACCAGGUCUAUAGAAAUUAUCGUCCAAUAUUCCAUUCUGUAGGGCAGGGAAUAUGUAGCCCUUUAGGUGUCAUUGGAUUCAGAUUCUCAUCAGCUGCAGCCAACAUAGCCAGUGGUCUGGGAUGAUGGGAGUUGUUGUCUAGGAGCAUAUGGCGGGUACCAUGUUGGCUACCCCUAAUAUAGAGGAUUAUUUUUUUAUAAAAACCCUGCUAAUUCCUUGUCACCUACUAAAUCAGUUUAAUUAUUUCUAUUUAGUUAGAAAUUAUACCCCAUGCUAAAUGGAGUUAUCCCUGCUCAGCAGUUGCAUUAUUGACAAAAGAGUUUCACUGACAAAGUCCCAAGGAGAAUGACAUCAAGACCUACAGUGCAUUGGCUUACUUCCUUAUCUUCCUGUUUCCUGGCAAAUAGCAUAGUAUUGCAAUAUGCUGAAUAAUGUUAUCAACCAAGGUCAUGCUAUACAGUAGAACAGAACAUUUAGUCAGAGAAAAACAGAACAUCUUUAGCGGAUUUUUUAAAUGUAACCCUCAAUUUGCCAAAAAAAUCCAUCAGUAGCCAUAUCGAGCCAUAUCCCUGCUGUCAGGUAAUGCUUAGGCGUAAACUAGGCAUAAACUAGUCUUGCUGCAACUGAUAAUCUCUCCUCGCUUCUUGGCUCAGUGAUGUUGGGAAAGAUGAAGUUAGUGAGCAGGGAAUUUCUGAAGGAAAAUGAAAAUGGGAGGUGUGCCUUAAUGGAUUGUUAGCUCCAUUGCAAUCCCCAAUAUGUAAAUCAACUUUAAUUUUUAUUCAGUGGGAGAAAUAUGUCUUAUAGGAUAAAAAGAGCUUUAAAAGUCAAAUCUCUACAUCAGUUCUUACAACCACCAGUGACAUAAUGUCAGGGCAGGUGUCAUGUCCUCUGCCAAUUGCAUGACAGGCUGAUGCUGCAUGCAUAACUCCAUCCAAGUCGCUGCAAGCACCCGUGUUGCAGCAGUGUGUGAACAGUCAGUCCAGGAAAAGUUCUGAGUGGCACUAGCCUUGAUACAAUCACCUGGGGCUGAAAAAAGCCAACUUGUAAACUACCCAAAUAAACAGAUAUAACCAGUGCUUUUUUUCUUUAAAAAUGUUUGGAGGUACUCUCAUUUUCCUAUUCAUAUCAGAAUACUGCCCCUCAAUGAGGCCAAACUGAGAUUCACAAAAUAUUUAGGGGUAUGCAUACUUCUGUGUCCCCCCAGAAAAAAAGCACUGGAUAUAACAUUGACUUUUGAGUACACACUUAACCAGCAUAAGCAAACCAUCUUGGGAUGGUUACCAUUUGAUCUCAAUAGGGUUUUCAUUGGUUUGUUUUGGCAAGUUAACACUAAACCUUUUUUCUUUCUUGAUAUUGUCACCACUUCUCCCUUUACCAAAUGCCCAUUGCACAUGGCUCUUCCAUGACAUUUGUAGAAUCAGAUCUUAACUCUGACUUAGAGUACUUCCAGAAUGUCACUAUUUUCAGGAGGGAUUCAAUCAUAUACUAGCAAAUUAAAGUUGAUUUGGAACUUUUGUGUAACAUACCUGCUUUGUCAGAGGAUUGAGUUUUUUUGUGGAAAGCAUGGGACAACUCUUUCUUCACCCAGUGCCAUCCAAUCUCCCCACAAACCAAUCAGGAUGAAGACUUUAAAAGAGGUUGUCUGGAAGUGGCCUUAGUUGCAUAUUAAGCAUCAGUUGGAUGUACUUUGAAUGUAUGGUACAGAUCUGCCCAAUCUCUCAUUUUUUUCCAUGGAAAUAUUUCACACUAAUGGAAUGCAGUGUUAACUGCCAAGCAGUUAGUACAUUUACUCCAUAGGGUUAAAUUUAAUUUUGUUUUGUCCCCUGUUGCUUUUUAAGACAUUCAUUCGUUCUAUAGACUUAGCUGUUUGUUCUGGUUAUGUACUUAACGAAUAGUGCUAGACCACAUGGUGUGGUAGCUAUGGAGAAAUCCAUUUAUCAUUCCUAAUACCUUAAGCACACACAGCAAGCCUUCGUGCCUUUCUGAUUAACAUAAUUAUACUUCAAGUCAAUUUUUAUUUAUAUUUGGAACCUAAAAGGCUUCCAGAGUGCAAAGGGCUGCAGUGUGUGCAUUGUGCUUAAGAACAAGAAUUGCUUUAAACAUAGUUGGUGAGUGCAAAUAAUAUGCCUUUCAGUAUGACAUGCCUGGGCAGUUCAGAAUUAGUAUUCUACUUAAUGAUUAUCAUGGCAGCUUGCCCUUUACUCUGUGCUAAAUUGCCUAUUCUUAGUAUGAUAGACUGAAUUGCCCUUCUUGUAUCAGGCUUUCCACCAACGCACAGGACUUAUCCUUAUCUGGCUUACGGGUGCUUCCAGAAUAUUGCUGUAUUCAGGCUUGAUUCAAUCACAUAGUGGCAAAUUCAGGUUGUAGAAUUAAAGCUGAUUUGGCGCUCUUGUGCAAGAAACCCACUUCCCCACAAAAAUUGACUUUUUACAAGAAGGAAAGUGACAGGGAAAUGCAUUGGAAAGUGCGAGUUAACAAUUGCUUGAUAUUUAACUUUCCUAUAAACAAAUCAGAAUGAAUGCUCAAUAAACAGGUUAUCAGGAAGUAGCCUAAGUUUCAGUCUUCACAGUCAUCGGGUAUCAUAUUAAUUAUAUUUAUUAAUAGAACAACCAUGCAAUCCUAUAUAUACUCAGAAGUAAACCAUGCUGAGUUCAAUGAGCCUUACUUCCAGGUAAGUUAGGAAACAGCAACAGAAUGAAGUUUCUCUUUCUUCCUUUUUUUUUUUUUUUUUUUGUAUGUGCCCUUUCCCAUUUAGCUUAGUACAGUGCCUUUCACUUUGGCAGUAUUCCUGUUUAAAAUCUGUUUGCUUGUAUAUUUUUUCUUUUACUCAGAACAAAUGCAAGCUGUCUUUGGGAAGAAAACGCUAGACUACAUUCUCAGCUUAUGUCAAGGACGCUAUGACUUCCUCCAUCGAAUUCCUGACCAUUUGAUCAUAUACAUCCUGUCAUUUCUUAAUACAGAGGAUAUAAGGCAAUUGUCACAAACAUGUAAAAGGUUUCGACAGGUAAAAAUUCUGACAAAUAUGUAAUCUUGAUGCAAUCUAAAUAAUUUUAGUAAUAUAUAGACUUGGUUUAAAUGGAGCUUUACAGAAGUAGCAAAUACGAUCAGUUACCUGUGGCAGUUACCAUGUAGAACCAGAAUAAUAUGAGCUUAAUAGUAGACCAAAAGAUUUGCAAGUUAUGUUGUAGUCUGAAAAGCAAACAAAUACAUUGUAAAGAAAAUGAGAAUCUGGCCUACUCACACGUAUUAUGUAUCAUAUAUUGCAAAUAUUUAUCUUUUAGCUAUGCAAUACUGAAGAAUUUUGGGAAAGAAGAAAAAGAGUGCAAGAUAAAUACACUCUUGAUAUACAAACUGUCAAGGUUUCAGCUUACAAGAAGCCAACUAAUUUCAGACAAAGACCUGGCUUAUUGCCACGGAUGCAAAGAAGGCAGACCACAUUCUUCUGAAAUUGAUUGCAGAUUAUCUUGCAAGACUCCUGCAUUCCACUUCAGCUAAAAUAAUCUAGGUACAAAAACUGUCUUCCGAGGCAAGACUUGCUAUUUCAAAAGUUCACCAAGCUAUUUCAAAAGUUCACAGGAAUGAAAAAGCCUGCACCCAGUAAUGCGUGUAACAAUAUACAGAAGACAAAGCCGAAGCUACAAAGUGACAUCGUAAAAUCUUAUUCAUAAUGAAGAACACACACCAUAGUAAUGCAUAGGCAUUUUUGGACAAUAAACGCUUCACAGCUACGGUGAGCUUUGGAUCACAUACACUUCAUGAUGCAGACGCGCAUGGUGUUUCCCUUUUCAGAUGCCUAUGCAUCUGUGUGUUAUAGAAGCAGCAAGAGCUCAGUUCACCAGCAGUAAAUGUAGGGAAAUGGCUUUUCAAGUGGUGUGUUGUUUACUUCUCAAAAACAUGUUAAGAUUUUGCAAAUAAUUGCACAUUUUCUCUCAAAUUCAGAAAAACAAGCGAGAGAGAAUCAUGUGUAUAAAUAAUAAAAGUAAUGUGAGAUCCAGUAGGUUCCCUAUGUUUCUGCCUUUUCCGGGAGAAAGUGCACAAUACAGUUUUAAUCAUAUGCUGAAGACACAACUCUUUACCUUGGCCUUUGACACUUGAGAUGUAAAUUUUUAGGCCACAUCAUACUAUUGUGAGAGUAAUUUAUUUUAAAUUCUUUUAAAUGUAUUUUAAUUGUGACCUGCCCUGAGGCCUUAGGGUGAAAGGCAGUAAUACAUCAAUUCUGUUGUUGUUGUUACUAACUUUUGGUCUAGUUUUUCUGGUUUAUCAUCUGGGAAACAAAAGAAUAGUUGAAAUCGAGUGGAGAGUCAGAUUAGCAUAGUACUUUUGAAGCUGGUUUGGUAUUUUUAAUCCAUGAAUCCUAUUUUUUAAUCGUUUUGGUAUAAUAGUAAAACACAUCAGGCGAAGCACUAUUCAGAUCAUCAGAUUUCAGUUUAAUAUUCUAGUGGUUGAAGGUCCAGAUGAUCCCCUUUAUUUACAUUAGAACAAUCAAAUGCUGAUAGGAUGACAGUAAAAAAAGGUUGAGCACAUGAUGUAAAAAAGUAGUCAAAAGAAGAUCUGUGUUUCAGGUAAACAAAAAGCAUAUCAGUAUUGUCAGAGUGAUGCUCUGAUACCAAGGCCUGUGCAGUUGCUUACUAAGAACAAGAAUAUAUACACAAAAAAUGGAUUCUUAACGAGCACAAUAAACAGAGGGAACAGUCGUAGCAGUUUAUUCCCUCAAACACAUUCUAUUUCCAUAGCUUUUACCUACCAACAUAAGUGUUUCCACUGGUGACUUAUGUAAAAACAUACUAUAUGAAAUAUUAACAUACAAAACAAUGUCACUUAUAUCACAUAUUAAAAAGUGGCGAAACCUUUAAAUAUGCUAUUUCAUGACAGACACAGCAUUAAAUAUUCAGGCUUUUCUCUGGUCUAAACAUACAAAACCUUUUACAAGGCAAAAGCAACUCGGAAACAAAAGAACACAGACACUUACCUGAUGUUCUAGCAAAUGAAAGAGCAAAUUAGACAUUACAGCACCAGACCCAUGGGUUGCUUCUGGAUUCCUAUAAAGCAGGAUGGGCAGAAAGUGCUGACCCACUCCCCCCCCCCUUAUCCCUUGAAACUGCUUGCCCAAAGCUGGUUUUCUUCAGAUGGGGUUUUGAGUCUGAAAAUAACUGCUGGUGGAAGAAAAGCACUUGGAGGAGGAGCAACUGACCCAGAGCUGCAACCCAUUAGCUGCUUGCUGGGAGGGAGAAGCAGCUUUUGGCUAGAAGAAGGAAAGCUUUAGCACUCCCAUCCCACCUGCACAUGCUAGGCUUUCAAUCUUCCCACUCUCCUUCAUUGGAAUUUGGCACAACCCAAAAUAUAAUAGAUGGAUCAUGCUGCCUUUCUGCCUCGUUUUCCCCUGAAAACCAAUGUAAAUGGAUUGAGGUACUGAGGCCUGCAGACACUGGACACAAAUGUGCAAAUUGUGCGUUUUAACCACCCAUGAUCCUGCGGUUGAGUACUGUCCUGUAAUAAUCAUUUAAACAUUAUCUUAAUUACAAGGGUAAUUUGUUGUUUAUAGUUCUUUAUGCAGCAAUGCACUUACUAAACUGGGACUUAACUCCUUACAGGACCAGGCUAAUGUAC